GCACUUAACAAUGCAAGGCUUAACAAUGUUCAUUUAGUCCGAAGAUACUUGUGAAGUUUGCUAGCUUGAAGAAGUAGCAUUUUAUUUCUCCUUCAUAUAUCCAAAAUGGAUGAAGUUUUAAGGUACGGCAGGAUGAUGUUCAUCUACGACACGACGUGCUGCACGCGCGAGGAGGACGACCCGGCCGAGGCCAUCUGUUUCCUGCGCUGCGGCGGCGGCGGCGGCGACGUGGUGCAGGAUCUCUCCGGCGAGGUGGACGCGGACGGCGCGGCCAUCGUGGACAGCGCGGCGCUCCACCUCGUCUGCCAGCUGAUGGGCACCGCCUUCUUCACUGAGAAGGACAUGGCCACCUUCCCGCGGCUGAUCCGCCUCCGGCACGGCCAGUUUGUCCUGCACAGAGAAAGCAACUUUGUCUGGGUGAUGCACACCUCGGGCGAGGACGAGCCGUACGUGACGCGCGCGCAGCUGACGCGCACGCGGCAGGCGCUGCGGCUGCUGCACGGCAGCCUGUCGGCGCUGCUGGCGGCGGCCGGCGGCGACCGCGGCGUGCUGCGCCGCCGGCUGGCGCGCACGCUGGGCCCGCUGCUGGCGGCCGCCGGCGGCCAGCCGCCGCUCGAGCGCGUCCUGGACGUGGUGCCGCGACUCGACUGGGCCCAGAAGGACGACUUCAUAGCGCAGCAGUUGUCUGACGUUCAGAGCGCGGCGCUGCGGCUGCCGGGGGUGCUGAGCUGCACCCUCUGCUGGGACGCCAAGGUUGUUUCGAAUGACGACAUCGAGGAGGUGCUCGAGGCUCUCGUCCACAUUCACCGGCUGCCAGGGGACGCCUUUGACCUGGCCGACGUGGACUUUGUGAUGCCGCCCGGCACGCUGCUGGCGCGGGUGCACCUGGGCGGCGCGCUGGCCACGGGGCUGAGGGCGGGCGCCGAGAAACGCUGGGUCCAAUCCGAGGAGUUUCCGCCCUCCUCCUCGCCCUCCGACCUACCGCCGCUCGUGGCCAUUGACGAGGCUACAGAGGGGACCGGCGGGGGCAGCGGCGCCGCCUCCGUCACCAGCUCAGCGCAGGAGGGCGGCGCCGACGCCAGGCCGGGGAAGGAGAACCGGCCGGACGCGGUCCGGCGCCGCCGCCGCCGCCGGCGACAGUCGCCGGACAAACGGCCGGUGCCGGCGGGCUCGCCGGAGGCCGCCGCGCCGUCCGGGCCCGCCGAGCCGGACCCGAUGGAGUCCGAGUCUCCGGCGGCCGUGCGGCACCGGAUCAGCGCGCUGGCGCUGCAGGCGCUGUCGGCCGAGUGCGCGCGCGCCGAGCCGCCGCCGCCGCCGGCGCUCGACGAGAUUCCGGUGCGCCAGCUGCGGCGGCGGUCGCGCGCCAGCCGCCGGCCGCGCCGCAGCCUCACCGAGCUGGACGUGCCAGAGCCGUUCUCCAACCUGGCCUACCUGAAGCGCCGCCAGCCGGACCUCUACCGCGACGAGGUGCGCAAGCUGCAGGCGUCGCUGCCGGACAACCAGCCGGCGUUCACGGCCGUCUCGGCCAACCCAUACAGCUUCGGUAUCCCCCGCUCCAACCGGCUGUACACGCCGCGGCUGGCGGUCGCAGAGCCGGCCGGCGUCGCGCCGCCGCCCUCGCCGUCGGCUCGCGGUCCCCCCUGGCGACCGGUGCGCGGCGCGCCGGCCGGCUACUUCUCCGAGAGCUCGCGGCCGGCCGGCUCGCCGCGCGGCCGGCCCGUCGGACGCCGCUUCUACAGCGACGGCGAGGAGCUGAGCUGGCGGCCGCGCCAGCUGGCGGCGCAGCUGCCGGACGGCGGCACUCCGCAGCUGCCGGCCGACGAGCCGCUCGUCGCGGCGCUGCUCUACACACACGCCAUCGGUAAACUGCGCUGUCACGUGCUGCUGGAGCCGCCGCGCGGCGCCGCCCUGCGCGGUACCGUGCAGCACCUGAACCACGUGACCGGGGCCGGCCUGCUGGAGCUGGAGACGAUGCUGCGCAGCUACCGCUCGAUCCCGUCCUUCCACGGCCAGCACUACAGCUACGUGUCCGUACGCGAGCGGCCGGCCGCCGGCGGCGACGGGUCCGCCGCGCCCGCCGCCGGUCCCGGCCGCCAGCUGGAGUCAGAGGGCGCCACGCGGCUCGACUCGCACCUCGUACAGAUGGUGCACGCCGACCUGCUGGCCGGCCGGCUGGCCGACUGCCGCAUCAGGACGCCGUCGGACGUUCUCCUGGCUCAGCGGAGCGGCUCCACCGAGACGUACUAUCAGCAGCGCACCUCGGGACUCCAGACCGGCCUGCCCGUGGUCAACGGGCCGCUCUCGCGUGUCGACGACCGCGCCAGGAAGCGGCUCAGCAAGAACCACGGCCUCAUGCUGGGCUGACGGCCCGGCCCGGCCCGGCGGCGGCACGGCAGGCGGUCAGUCCCACCGGAUGAUCCUGAUGGUGCUUCAAUAGGCGGUCAGUCCCAUUGGGAAACCACGGAGUAGUGGCGGCGCUUCUUAUGGAUAUUGGAUGAGCAAGACUGAGCAAUUAGGUGGUCAGUCCUGCCGGAGGGGCAUGUAGCGGAGCUAGUGCUUCAGUAGGAGAUGGGUCCGACCACUAGGUAAGACGGCACCGGCGGCGGGUGCUGUGGGAGUCCCGCGAAGCCGGUUCGGUGGAGUGAUCUGUAAAAGAAGGGAAUUCGCGGGGAUGCGCGUCGAUAUAAGAGAGACCUUGAGUAGUAAUGCUACAGAAAUUUUGGUGUUGAAUGAUGGAGCCCCUGUCUCCGGUAAUCGAUUCGUAUGCGGAAGGUUGCAGAAGACGGCGUCAAUUUGAGUGCCAGCAUCACCAUCACAUAGCAUUAAUGCUCAGCUUCUCUCGGCUGAAUGGAAUCAGUCCCGUCUGCACCUGCUUUAUCAGUGGCUAAGUAAUGAAAUCAAAACGAUUCUAGUGUUAUUAGCGAUGUGGUUAGAUUGCCGUGUGGUUCAACAAGAUGUGCUGUGAGGAGACUUUUAGGGCAGCUGUGCUUUAGUGGCACAGUUCUCAGAUCUUGCAUUCCGUUGAUUUAUUCCCGCAUUCCGAUGGCUUUCUCUUAGGGUCAUUUUAUCCUAAGCCAUGCGAUUGGUACGGAGUGGAUUCAUCAACAUUUAGUAGCGUCGUGAUUGGUAGAUAAGAAUUCGCAUUAAAAGUAUGGCACCAUCUCCACUCCAAGCCCUUCAAGCGGAAUGGUGCGUUUUCAAGCGUUUUAUUAGAGAAAUUCCCGAUCUAAAGUUAGUGCAGGAGCAUGUCCGCCUCCCCGUGGCUUCAGUUUCCGGCGCACGUUGCACCGAGACAUUCCCUCUGAAUGUAACCCCCUAGGGCCCAAUUAUUGGGGUCUAGCCCUAGUGCCAUGUGACGGCUGUUGUCGCUGAGAGUCAACGCCCGUGGGCCUUUUUUAUCACAUAGCUAUAGUGGUAGUACUGUGCCACACUGUGAAAGGAGGACGCCGCGUGAUCGUUAAGUCGUGUCGGGCACUGGAAACUGGAAACGUUACUUGGUGAUGGCAAUUGUAUCUUGAGGCGCUUUCCCCCAAUGGUUCGUAUAGCAGGAUGGGGUCACUUAAACUGCGUGCUUUCUUUUUACCAGGCUUGCCUUAUAUUUGUGCGUUAUUAUUCUAACGUAUUUUAACGUAGCUGUAUAUGUAAAUAAUGAAAUGUGCUUGAAAUUUUAUUGAAAGUUAUGGUAGCGUACUUUUACACAGCAUGUUAACGUUUUUCCCACAUCUGUUGGUCUCUCAAAAUCAUAUGCUUACCUGCGAAGUUUUAUAUGCGCCCAUUGAUGAAAUGUACUUAAACUCAUUUUGUAUUGCUAAUCCUUACAACUGAUGUCCUUAUGCUGUCUUGAUUUUGUUCCAUUUAAGAUAAAUAUUCACUCCAAGUUUCACAGACAAUAAAAAUCAUUAUAACUUGGCUGUAAAAAUGGAUGUGUGCUGUAUCAACAGUGAGAUUAGGCAAGUCGGGACAAUGCGAUUGCCUUUGUUGGUUGAGUCUUUUUAUUGAGGCGUAAAUUGCUUGAACGACAAUAAGUCUUGGAGUGAAUAUUAGAGUUCAGUGGAACACCCUAAAUGUAUCGAAAAAGGCAGUCCUCUGUUGCUCGGCCACCUGUGUUUGUAUCUGUGUGCCAGCCGCGGCGUGUCACCACAGCAGCCAGUGGCCUUCAUCGCAUGUCCGACCUCUGCUAAUGACGUCAUCUGUGUACAUGGCAGGCUGCUGGUGCAUUUCAUACUGACUGGUUGGCACAUCCAGCCGAUGUUUUCACGUGAAUGAUUAGCCAAUAUGGCGUCACCGCACGUGAACUAGCUAUGCUUGGAAUUUUAGGAACGCGAGUUAAUGGUGUAAACAUGGGUGUAGCAUGAUGGUCAUUUACUGCUGCUACUAUAUCAUGUUAAUCAAAACAUAAUAAUUGGCCCACAUGUUCUCGGUUAUCGUAUGUGUACCUGCUCUCUAUGAAUGCUAUUUAACGUAUAUUUUACACGGAUUUGUUUUUAGUUCUGUGUCCAUAUCAUACGGGAAACAGGGUCCACUCGGCUAAUUCAGGAGCAUAGGCUAGUUCUCUCCGAUAUACUCUGGUUAUACUCUUAUAUCUGUAUUUGCUGUCUGUUUUUGUAGCAGUGUGGCCUAGAGGGUAUAUUUCCAUUUUACUCGUAGCAUGCGUGGUAUGGCUUUAUGCUCGUGCGAUAGACGGGUUGUUUGUUUUGGUACUCAGCUGUGUUCAUAUUGGGAGCGGCGAAACGUUCGGUACUUACGAGCCACGUGCUGUGACCGUAGCGCCGUACCAGAGGCGAUGUAUGGGUAAUAUUCUAGCGGAUUGUGUUAUGGGUAACAAUACAAUGUAUCCUUGUAAACGUGAAA